AGCCAGUUACCAGCUAGCGUACAAUACGUGUACACUGAAAUAACUUAUAACGCAGGCAGGUGCUUACAUGAGGGUUAAUGACGAAGCGUUUUAUUUCAUCCAGGGAUAUUUUCUCGUAACCCAGACAAAGGAAUUGACAGAGUUUGAGCUCCGUUUUUUUGGUUUAUUCUCCUCUGUGGGUUUGGUGCUGAUGCUCAAGGCUCUUAUGAGUGUCCAUGGCCAGCGUGCAGUGUUUCUCGGGAUAACAGUGUUGGUAACCCUGAUCGCAGCUGACUCACCUGCUACAGAUGAGUCUCUGUUGGACUCCACAUUCCACCCCAUUGGAUUUCUUGGAGAUGUUCCAAGUUCAACAGGGUCAUCACCAUCCGGUUUACCAGCCUCACAUGACACUGCCUUUGAGAGCCCAGGCUCACCUGGUGCCCUGCCAUCCAUUACUGAACCUAACCAUGAAGCUAGGACUGCUGACAUCAUGCUUUUUCAGUGGGGACAUGUUCCUUCUAAAAACUCAAAAUCUUUAAUGCCAAGUGACUUCCUUGCAAAAGAACCACAUCCUCUUUCCACUCCAUCAUUAAGGCCCUCUGAACCUGUUUUGGGGUCUAGUCCACAAUUUGAGGCACUAGCUAAACUCUCCACAGACUGGAAGCUGGCCAGGAUAAAUUCUGCCAAGCAAUCUUCCUCUCUCUCUCCAACUCCUACCAGAGCCCAGCUGCAGUCUCAGCCAAAUAUAUCCUUAACACCAUUAAGUCCGUCUGCUUUUAAGAGGUCAACAACACCUCAGCUGAGUCUUAAUUCUGAGCAGAAAGCUCUAAAUACACCCCUCACAGCUUUCAGCAAGCAGCAGCAUGGCGCAUCAGAAAAAACACUGGUAAUCAUGACCUCACAACCUAGUCAGACACUUGAGCCCCCUAAUCUGGCUUUCACUGACUUUCCAGCAGAUGAAUUUAAUAGUAAAAUCAUAGAUGUGAACCUGCUGAGCCCCAGCAGUGCCCCCUCGCAGGAGAACAAACCAGCACAUGGCAUAAACAUGCUACCCAAUUCUGAUGAAAUUCUGGCCCCUGGCUACAAUGUGCCUUUCAUCGCCCCCCAUCCUACAUCACAUUCAUCUGAAUCCAGUGAGGUCUCUCCAGAGGACUUCUACCCCACCAACACCAUGGACUUUGAUUUGGGGUCUGGGGACUACUUGGAAACAAUGUCAUUCCUAAAUUCAGAUGGAGACGACUUCUCUUUGGUCACCAAAGUGCCCUAUGAUUCGUAUGAUCCAGAGGACUAUACAGAAAUCUAUGACACAUCUUUCCCUUCCAGAGUGGGCAUGUCUCCCUCAUCCUUGCAUCCUCUUCACGUCUCACCUUCUCCCAGCCUCAUGACAGCGUACAGCACCAUUGUUCCACAAAAAUCCAUCCAUCCUUCCUCUUUUUCCUCCACAAUUCACUAUACACUGGAACCUACACACACAGCUAACAGUGAUAUACCUGACGCAUCGGACAUAGAUUGGCCCGAUACUUUCACAAUCCAACCAACAGAUGUCCUCUUACCUGACAUGAACAGCUUGGAGUAUUACACCAUUCAGUUGACCAAGGAGAACAACAGUUCAGACUCUGGAGCUGAACACAGAGGGAACGUUACUGUGGUGUCUAUCAGUACUACAGACAUCACACCUACUAGCAGCUUCACCAAUGAUACCAAAUUGACUGAGGAAGAGUCCUCCAGUGAUCUGUCAGGGUUUGCGCCUCAUGAUGAAUCAACCACAGUAGUAACCACAGAAGACAGUCCUCAGCUGGUCAAUGUCUCUGAGCCUUUUCUGGAUCCUUCAGUAGUCCCAAGCCACUUCUUUGAUCCUUCUUCUUCCAUCUGGGGUGGAAAGGUUUCCACCACAGAUUGGUCUGCACCUACUCUAACUGUUGGCCUGCACAGCACUGCAUUAACAGAAGCUAUACUACCCCAUACCACACCUUUGCUGCCACAUGAUGUAAUGUCUUCCUCCUCUAUGACAGAUGUCCACUGGUUUGUUACAGAGUCAUUCCUACAAAGUACCAUACACACCACUCCUGUCUUAACUGCAACCAUGGCCUUCUCUUUUGUUCCCACUGAACCUGUUGCCAACACGACUACUGGUGCAACAGAAUUAACUCCGCAAGACUCUACUACUUUCAAAACUGAACAAACUCAUAAUAUCACUGUAGUUUCAACCGAACCCACAUCUAAUGUCACUUUGGGCCUCCCAGUCAUUUUGGGUGAUCAGGGGGUGACUGAAGAUGGAGCUGAUAUCCCAGCCACAAUUACCUUGAUCCCAACUAACAGUGAAGCUAAUACAGUCUCUGCUGUACCCUUAACUAAAGCUGCCAUGACCAUUUCUCAUCAAGCCACAACUAGAAUUACUGCCACCACUGAGGCCUCAACAAGCACCAACAUCAUCUCUACCACCAGUGGAAAGACCACAACUACAGCACUAACAUCAAGACAAUACCUCUGCAACCUUGACAGCCCUGCUUACUCAGUAAAAAUUGGUUUUCCGUCUGGGGCCACUGUUGGAUAUGCGAAAUCUCAAAUCAGAGACAUACUGAAAGUAGAAUUCAACAAGUCGGUGGAGCUGCAGGUUCUUGAUCCACCACCAAAGUUUGUGUUUCGGGUGGUGUCUGGCCCGGUUGUGUACACAGCCAUAUCUGUAAUCAAUGCUCUGAGAAGGUCUGGGCGCCGAUUCCUGUCUGUGUCUCCCAGCUGGACAACACCUGACAGUAAAUAUCAAGUCCACACAGUGUUGCAGUUCGUUCCCAGUCACAUAGAUGUACGGUUCUGCAACUUCAGUGAGAGCAUUGAGAAAGGUUUGACCAUGGCCUUUGCAGAAGUGCGUCGCCGCUCAAAGGAGUCAACCAACUUCACAGUGCAUAUUGUAAACAUCACCAAGGCCGCUCAAAAAUAUCAGGAACAACGGCUAGUGAGGCAGCCAGUGGACAUCACCUUCACUGUGCGUGGUGCUAGGGGUUAUGUGAUGGGGUCAGAGGUCAGCAAUGCUCUGAUGACGCUCACCAUGGUGGAAUUCAGCUAUUACAUGGGCUUUCCUGUACUGCAGAUUGCUGAGCCUUUCCAUUACCCAGAGCUGAACACCAGCCAGUUGCUUCGCUCCUCCUGGGUUAGAACAGUGCUCCUGGGUGUGCUUGACCAGAAAGUGGGUGAGAGAACCUUCCAAGCAAACAUGGAGCGUCGGGUGGCCAUGUUACUUGGGGAGGCUAUGGGAUUAGUCAGACGUGUUAAGAGAGCCACCAACAUAGGCAACAGCAGCAUUCAGGUUGUAAGUGUGAGUCGGCCGGUGGGUGUGGACCACCCCUUGGAGAUUGUGUAUUUUGUGGAGGGUCCCAAUGGUCAGAGGGUGCCUGCAGUGCAAACAGCCAACCUACUCAACAGCCUGGACGUUCAAAGGGCUGCCAUCGUCUUGGGAUAUCGUGUCCAGGGUAUUUUAGCACAGCCUGUAGAGAAAGUGACAUCUUCACCCUCUGACACUGAGAACACCAACAUAUGGAUCAUCAUUGGGGUGGUGAUUCCCCUCCUCGUCGUCAUCGUCAUCAUUUCAAUCCUUUACUGGAAACUGUGUCGGACAGACAAGCUGGAAUUCCAGCCAGACGCUAUGACCUCCAUCCAGCAGAGACAGAAGUUGCAGGCUCCCAGUGUGAAAGGCUUUGACUUUGCCAAGCUGCACCUUGGCCAGCAGAGUAAGGAUGAUGUCAUAGUGAUUCAGGAGCCUGUCCCACCAGGGCCUGGGCCCGGGCCCCUCCCCAUGUCAAUUAAAGAUGGCCUCAGUCCAUCUGAAGACGGGGAGAUCCCCACACCGAUAUCCAAAACCUCAGCCUCCUCCACCAAGGCGUCCCGCAGCGGCAGAAGGCGAGGAAGGAUCUCGCCGUCAGACGGUGACUCAAUGGUAAGUGACCAUUCCAGUGAACGGGAAUCAACUGAGGAGAACCUGAGAGCCCACACCACGCCCAGUGACAGCAAGCAAACCCGUAAGGUCCCCAUCAAUGUUUUAAAUGGCAAGAAUAGAAUUGGUCCUCCACCUAUGAAUGGUACAAACGAGCAGCUGUCCUCUGCCUCCAUAUUUGAACACGUCGAUCGGAUGUCUCGUGCCACCGAUGCAAGCAGGAGACUCCCCAACAAAGUCCAGCUUAUCGCCAUGCAGCCCAUGCCGGUCCCACCACUGCACAGCCCACCCGUCAACGGCAAAAUGUCAGACACCAGCCAAGUUAACAAAGAGAUCCAGGUAGCAUUGAGGCACAAGUCAGAAAUUGAGCACCAUCGUAACAAGAUACGUCUGCGAGCCAAGAGGAAGGGCCACUAUGACUUCCCCACCAUGGAUGACGUGACCAGUGGCCUUGGAGAUGUGAAGGACCAGGAUCGCAUCUAUCAGAAAGCACAGAUACAGAUAGAUAAGAUCCUGGAUCCAGAUGCUCAGAUGCCCUCCAUCUUCAUGGAAUCCAAGAAAAGUGGUCGAGGGAGGCGCUCUCCCAAACAGAGGAUGAAGGAGCAGCUGAAUGAAGGCAUGAGGGAUGCAGACAAAGACCACCUCAUCACUGAAGACAGUGACGCUGCAUACAGAAAGUGUCCUGGGGUCAACAAUGUGGCCUACGUAUCGGACCCCGACCAAGGCCCAGGAUCCCCUCACAGGAGUCCCUCCCCCACUGACGAUGUCUUCCUGGGUCCGACUUCCUCUCCUCCAGGUCACGCCCCUCCGCCACCUCCCUACAUGCCCCCUCAGCCCUCCAUUGAGGAGGCGCGGCAGCAGAUGCACUCCCUGCUGGACGAUGCCUUUGCCCUCGUGUCGCCCACCUCUCAGGGCAGCACAGCAGGGAUCACUCUCCCAGGGGUCAACAGCAACCCCCCUGGCUCCAGCCCUCCAGGCCGGGGCCCCAGACCUUGGGGUCCCUCCUACCAAGCUCUUGGCCCUUUCCCUAGUAGGCUUACUGAGCUGGGCAUGUCCCCUCCAUCGGUCCAAGGCCUGACACCAAGGCAGGGCCUUGGCCCCAGCUACCUGCCACCAGGAGAAACAGCAGGGCACAGUGAGCAGCUCCAGCCGGACAGCCUGUACUCCAGCAGGGGCUUGUACGCUGAUGAGAUCCCCUCGUCUGCCAGACCGCGACCAGUAGGGGGAACUACAGGCGCCCAGCUCCAUCAUCUUACGCAGGUGGGAUUGUCCAGCAGGAUGAAUGGUUACCCAGCAGGGGUCAGGGCUGCUCCAGGCCAGAACGGAGGCAUCGGCUGGAACCACUACCAUGACGACAGCUUCUCCAGGGCAGAGCCUGAGAAAGAUUCAAUGCCUAGAAGUGGUAUCAGGGAGCCUUCUGCGCCCCCUGCCCGCCUAGAUCCCCCCAUGGUGGGCUAUCUGUCAGCCCCACCGCCCCUGGAUACAUCUCCUCCUACCCACUCCUCUGCCUCCCUGAUCAAGGCCAUCAGGGAGGAGCUGUUGCGUCUCUCCCAGAAACAGGCAGCUAUGCCCAGCUACCACAGCUGAAGCUCCAGUCUCCAGUCUGUAGCUCUAACCAGUCAUGCCACUGACCCUGCCUGCCUGCUUCGCCUAAUCUGACAAUGCUUCCCAUGGAAGUCCCUGAGGGUGUACAGCAGAUAGAUAGUCCUGCUAAACUGAAGUGAAGAGGCGGCUCAUUGAGAUUUCUAAGUGAAGAGGCCGCCCUCACGAAAUACUGAAUGACAGGAUGGUUGAUAACAGGUUGAUUCAGAAUCGGAUCAGCUGCAGUAUGUCAAGUCAGAGAGAGUGUUAUGUAAUGAAGAACAAUAUGAACAGUAUACGCUGGACCUUUGGUAUGACAUGAAACGACAUGUCUGGACUUGUCCUGCCUGUGUUUCUGUCAUGCACCUCAAUGUGGGUCAGGGAAGGAUCACGCCAGAGUUCUGGCCAGUGUGGAUCCACAUGUUGGACUUUUUGGAGAUUUUGCUGCAUUUCUUCAGACUCAGUAUUCUGUGUCAUGGUUUCAUACUCAUGCUGCUUUCAUUCAACAGAUAUAACCCACAUGACAUGUAAUUUCAAGAAAUUUUUUAAUCUUUUUUUUUUGCAUUACUUACCUACCAUACAGAUAUUUGUUGUUUUCCAAUGCAGGCCCUUCACCUCUUUAUAACCAUUAGGUGCUACUUCAUGUUUUCUGCCAUGAUGAGCCAUGCUAUGCCUUGACACUGUGAUGUAGUUUACUCGACCCUGUUUACUGUACAAGUCUACAGUAAGGUCAAAGUUCACAGCCAGCGAGCGAGUUCAGAUUGUAGGCACAAAGGGGCAUCCGUAGGGACUAAUAACACUCAUAAACACUACCUUUUCUUUCCUUACUUACUGCCGUAGCACAGAGUUAGUCUGAGUUGUUGUGUUUUAAUUUAUGUAUUGUAGCUAACAGACAGCUAGACAAACAGGAACAAAAUGGCCUUGAAAGACGUAAAUCUUCAAACAUGGCUUCAAAGGCAGAUUUUAAAGAUGCAGGCAAAAAGUGUUACAAAUAUCGGGUGAAUAGCGACAGUAUGUACAUGACAGUUCUAUACAGUUAGUACUGCAUGUAGUAAGUAUUUGGUUGUAGGAUGUAAUUGAUGCACUGUAUGCAGACUACUUGGUACAGCUCAGGUCUUUCUAAAAGAGAUUGCGAAUGGACAAAUCAAUAAAAAAAAACACAGUUUGAUAGGUCAUGUGAAUGAACUGUUAAUGAGGGAAAGUCACACAGAACAGUAUUCUGUUUUAACAUUAUCCUGUAUUGACUAUAAACUGUUUCAUGCAAUAUUUGAUGUUUGCUUUGCCUUUUGACAGCACAGGAAGGAGAGAAGUGUACUGUAUUGGUGUCGUUUAGGAUUUUCUUCAACUAGCCAUGUUUCUGUGCUUUCUAAAUUUUCUCUGGAUUUACCUUGCCUCGUGUAAUACUCACCUUAAAUGUCUCUUAGUCAUCGUACUGGUUGGAAAACACUCUAGGUUACCCUUUUUGGUCAUGACCCUCCCCUGAUAUUUUGUGUUGUUUUGGGGCCUGAAGUUAUAUUUUAUUUAAAUGAAAUAAAAGAGAAAAUUAUGGAUUUUAAAGGCAGGGCCUGAAAAUAUGUUUUUGGAGCGUGUUACCAGUAUCACGAGGUGGAUUAUACAUCUUCCUAUCCCAAGCACCAACUUUUUUGUAGUGAGUUGAAACAUUCGACAGCUCUUACCAGAGAUUACUUACCAUCUUUUUUGUUGUUUGCAAUGUGAUGUGCCUUUUGGACUCACCUGAACAGAUUAAGUACUUGGGCCAACAGAAUUUCUCUGUGUGUCUUGUUUUGCUUUAUUCAUUCUGUCACAUAAUGUCCAAGGUGGCGAUUAACAGCCUAAAUUACAACCAUAGUUAGUUCCAUAAAAGUCCUAAAUACUCUGUUAUGGCUGUUGAUAUGUCGGUGGAAGCUGACAUGAAGUAACAUCCAGGUAAUGGUAUUCAGACAUUGUCAUUGUACCGAGUUUCCUUUGCUCUUCGGGGAGGUGGGCCAGAUUCUGGUUGUCCAUUUCACCUCGAUGUUUAGAAUUUGUGUUACCAAUCUCACACUGUAUGCCUCCAUCUGCUGGUUCUGUACUGUAACAACAGCCCAUCUACUCGUCAACAUCCUCUGUUGCUUUUUAUUUUAUUUUUUAGUUGUUGUUAUUUUUCAUCCAUUUCUAUCUGUUGAACUUUGUGAAAAGGAUCUGUUGGCUGGCCCAACUUCACAUUUGAUUGACAUUGCAUGUUUAAUUAUUGUAUUUCUCUUGUUUGCUUUUGCGCAUGCUGUUCUGAACUUCUUGAAAUACAAAAGAAACUAU